UCUACCACUAGUCGGAUGAAAACACAAUUUCGAAACAUCCACAACAAAGCACAAAUGCAUCUAACCAAAAAUACGCUUAUUCUAUUUAAACAAGUACUCAGAUCAAAACUUAAAGACACAGUAACACCGGCUUUUUCACGAACAAGAAUUACGAUGGGUCGCAAGUUAGCUGCUUUUGAUUUUGAUCACACCAUUGUGGAUGACAACAGUGAUAUUGUAGUAAGAAAUCUAAUCUCAAAGGAAUUAAUACCCGAAUCAGUGAAGAAAUUGUACAAAAGCGAUGGUUGGACAGCCUACAUGCAGGGUGUAUUUGAAACAUUGCAUGUAAAUGGAAUCACAGAAAACAACAUAAUUUCUGCAAUGAAUAAAGUGCCAUCAACACCAGGAAUGGAGGAGUUAAUUAGAACCAUGACUGAAGAAUUAAACUAUGAUGUGAUCAUUAUUAGUGACUCAAAUACUUAUUUAAUAAACUCUUGGUUGGACAGUCAUCAUUUAAAAGAUAAAGUUAUGAAAGUAUUUACAAAUCCAGCCAAUUUCUCAAAAGGAGUGCUCAGGAUCUCAAUGUAUCAUCUACAAACUGAAUGUAAAUUAAGCACAAAGAAUCUAUGCAAAGGGAAAAUUUUGGAUGAAUUUAUAGCUGCUCGUGCCCAAGCAGGUGUGGUGUAUGACAGAAUAGUUUAUGCUGGCGAUGGAAAUAAUGAUUUCUGUCCAAUUCUAAGAUUGUCCGAACAUGAUUUGGCAUGUGUCAGAGAUAAAUAUGCUUGUUUGCAACUGGUGCAGACUGUUCAAGCUGGUAAACCUAUACCUGUUACUGGGCAAAUCUACAAUAUUAAAGCUAAGAUUGUUGUUUGGAACAGUGGCACAGAUAUUUUGAAUGCCAUCAAAAACUUAGAUUAGAACUCUUUGUAUACACAUUGUGAAACAAGUGAGUUUUGGGAAGAGAGAUAUUUAUAGUGCCAUUGUAAUGUGAUUAUAAUUGGAUAUAAAAUGGUGCCAGAUUGCUCAAAUGUUUAGUACUAAUUUUAGUUAUGCACCAAAUGUCACCUGUGUUAUUCAAUCCAACUAUUUUUGUCAAGACAAGACAAGACAAAUGGACAUUCAAGUCAAUUGUGGAUCCAAAUAAAGUACAAUGUGUUGAUGUACUUCGUAUAUUUCUAGAAAUUGUGUAUAAAAUAGUAUUUAUAGAGUUAAACUCUAUGUGAAUAUGCUUUCUUUGCCAAUGUGAUACAAAAAAACAUUCCAAGUAGUACAUUACUUCAGUCCUAAUUAGAUUUUAUUUGUACUAAAGUUAUAUAUCGUAAUUUCAUUAUAUUUUUCACGUCAAUUGUAUUAAAAAAGAUUAAAUUUAAUAAACAAUCAAAUAUUCCAGAUAAA